GUCUUGGCACCCGCGAGCCUUCUGGAACGGCAGGAACCUUGGAGAGGCUGUGCAUCAGCGGAGGCCCAUUCGUAUCUCAACACACACACACCCGCACCGCACCACCACCGAGGCUUCUAAACCCCCAGCCGCCCGUAGCUCUAGCUCGUGCAUGCCUCCGCUGUGAUCGUCCACGCCCAUUAUUAAAGGGUCCCCAAGUCCCCCAUCAUUUGCGACCCUUCCCCCGUUGUCUUCAUCAUCACUGCCGUCGCCCGGGACAUUCACUACCUGCACCUCCUGGCCUCUGCUUCGCACCACCAUCAGCUUCCGCACCCGCUUCCACUACACACAUCUCGACACGCCCACAUUCACUCCCCGCCUGGAUCCUGCUGUCGGUCGCUUUUCGCCAUCCAAGACAUUGCUAGUCGCUAGCUGCUGCUACACAGUACAACGAGAUACACGUCGCUCCGCCCACCGUCACAUUCACCCCCUCGCGCAAACCAGGCUACUUGACUGUAUCCUGACCUGCCCGGAGACACUGCAUCCUCCAUCAUCGCCCAUUGCCAGCACACUUGCGCUCGCUCCAUAGCGAUUCUUACUCUACCGCGCUUCCCGAGCCAACGCCAGAUUUUGCUCAUUGCCGACGUUUUCCGUCCAUCAACAUGGCACAGCAGCAGCAGAAUGGCGAGCCUGUCAUGCGCAGGAAGUUGGUCAUCAUUGGCGAUGGUGCUUGCGGAAAGACCAGUCUUCUCAGCGUCUUUACUCUCGGCUACUUUCCAACCCGAUAUGUCCCAACAGUCUUUGAAAACUACGUCACUGACUGCAGAGUAGACGGCAAGUCUGUUCAGCUCGCGCUAUGGGAUACUGCAGGACAAGAAGACUACGAACGCUUACGCCCGUUGGCAUACAGCAAAGCACAUGUCAUCCUCAUCGGUUUCUCGGUCGACUCGCCCGACUCGCUGGAUAACGUAAAGCACAAGUGGGCGGAGGAGGCCCGUGAGCGCUGUCCGACGGUGCCGAUCAUCCUGGUUGGCUUGAAGAAGGAUCUUCGUGAAGACCCGCUUGCCCAAGAAGAGAUGCGCAAAAAGUCACUCAAGUUCACAACCCCCAAGCAAGGAAGCGACAUGAAGGAGAUGAUCGGUGCACGCAAGUACCUCGAGUGCAGUUCACUGACCGGCGACGGCGUCGACGACGUUUUCGAAGCGGCAACCCGUGCUGCUCUUCUCUCAGUAGACAAGAAGGAAAACCCCGGCUGCGGAUGCGUCGUACUAUGAGCCACAUAAAUCACACUCGACAUCUCUUAUUCUUCAAAGCAUUGGGCGGAGUACAACAAGGAGUAAAACUUGUGGGAUUUAUCACUGUCUGAGGCGUUUGUUGAGCGCUUUGCUUGCAUUGCUUCAAAGGAGAGCUGGGUUGCAGCUUUCGAGCCUUUUUGUUCUUUUGUUCUUUUGUUCAUUUUUGAGCAUAUUCCCAUGGGGCAGGGGGAAGAGAAGCGCCAUUUGCGGAACUUUGAUCUUGGCUAAUGAUUGAGGGCAUGCCAUCAUCAUCCACUCUUUUUUUUUCAAAUCCCCAUUUUUGUGUAUACCUAGGGAAGCUUGCUGCAGAGGGGAUAUGAGGAAGUGUCUGGACUGAGGGAGCUUGCACAGCAGAUGAACUGCUGAGCAGUAAUACUAUCACAUACAGCGUUGAAUAUUGUAGUAUUGCAUGUACAGCGGGAAUUGAAAUGUAUUUUCACAUGGCUUUCCACACGCCUGAAAUCCUUGUCCGCUAUACACAUAAUGUACAUUUCCUCAAUUCCUCGUCCACGCAUGAUUCCACCCAUCCCGACUCGGGAAAUCCGUCUGAACCCUCCCAUACUCCACCGGCACACUCCCCCACACUC